AUGAAAACACAGAUGGUGUGAUUUUACAGGGAUUACAUCUAUUUGUUUGGUCUUUUUGGUAUAUCUGUUCGUUUUUAUUGUUUAUUUAAAACCUUUUACAGAGCCAAAUGUGAAACUAUCUGGCAGGCAGCAAGGAGUGAAGAAGGAGAAAUYUUUCUGUGUGCUGAUUCUGUUUUCACACUCGCCUCCUUUAGUGUUUGGGGUUCCUCUUGCCUGCUGGCAGGUUCAGCUCCGACUCAUCGUAACUCCCCGCUUUGUUUGUUUGUUUGUUGUUUUUAGAGUGGUUCAAAUAUGGGAAAAUUUCUGUUUACCCAUGUGCACCAUCAGCUAUGUCACAAACAGAGCUGCGCUGGAGUCUAAAGAAUUGUGUAUCUUGUGUUUUUUUUCUGUCUCAAUUGAAUAAACGUGGAAUAAAGUUGGUAUAUAUAUAUGAUUUUAGGCCUCUGUGUAGUUAGUCAGCUUUACUAAUAUAGAAGGCUGAGAGUCAGUGGUUGUGAGCAGGUGUGCUGCUGAUGUCUGUGUAACUGUGACACACAAAGCUCGGUAAUCCCUCCUACAAGCUAAAGCAGGAGCACAUGCCGCAGGCAGAAUGUCUGCUCACUUCAGCGCUCCUGCGUUGGAUGGGAUUCCACACUGUCUGUCUUUUCAAACCACUGCUUCUGCCUUCUGCUCUGUGAACGUCUUCACUCCUGGUUCUGCUGCUGCGUUCGCCUCCUUAAUGCUACUUUUGUAACGAAGCACCGCUCUGUGCCCACAGAUCCCAGUGAGACAGUGGCCCCGUCCCUGCGUGCAUGAGUGUAAGGGUGUGAGAGCGUGUGUGUGUGUGUGUGUGUGUGUGUGUGUGUGUGCGUGUGUGCGAGCGAGCAAGUGAGCGGGCGGCGCUCCCACAUGGCCUCCAUGCAGGACGGGCUGAACUUCACGGCUCCUCCCUACGGCAAGGUCCUGCUGCUGGGCGUCAUCGCUGCUGCCUCGGCCUUCGUGGUUACCAUCCUUAUCGUGGUGCUCUGCGUGGGCUGCCAGAGGAAGGCGAAGACACACAAUGUUGCCGGUGAAGGAGGGAAGCAUCGUCUCAUGGAUAUGCAGUCAAAGCUGCGGUCCAUCAGUAAAUCAGACACUGAGAUGAACAAGACGAACUGCAACGGCAAAAGCAGGCAGCUUCCCCAGAUCCCCUCGGGGACUGGAGAGGACAGCGAGCACACUUACUCUGAAGUGGGCCAGCGCUCCUCCGCRACACGUACUGACGAUGCCCUCUACGCCAUGGUAGGCAGGGCUGGGCAGACGGACACUCCGGCCCCUCCGGCUGUACCCGCCAACACCCCGGCGCCUCCGGACCCAGACGGGGACGUGGAAGAAGGGCUGCCUGAACCCGAGGGCCAGGUCAUGUCCGCCCCCCAUCCUCCGGAGACGGCAGAGUACGCCUGCGUCAGGAAGCUGAGGAAGGCAGACAAGGCGCCUCAGAAGAGGGACAGCGGGACGGAUAUGGCGGAACCGCCGGCGCCGCCUCCCCGACACGCCCCACCGUCACAUCCAGCCCCUCCUCCGCCACACCCCCACAGCACAAAGCUGCCUCGUAGAAACACUGAGGCCUUUAACGUCCCAUCAUUCCCCAAGGAAGUGAUGUUUAUGGGCAACGGAGAGCAGUACAUCUGGAAACCUCCAGAGGACGAUGACAUGCUUAUGCUCCAAAAUAAAGCUCUGGUCCCCCUGGGUGCUCACACAGUGGAGAACAUCCAGCCGUCUGCUGCGGCGGUUGCUGAGAUGUACUCUAAAGUGUGCAAACCUGGAAAGAAGAAGAGAGCCAUGCCAGGCUCCCCCCCGGCCAAUCUCGGUUUUCGGACCUUAGGACGAGGCGACCGGGACCGAGACGGGGGUUUCAGCGUGGUGGUCAAACCCCAGACGUGGGCCCCUCAGGAGAGCAAGGCCGUGGGAGGGUCCCUGGACGACCACUGCUACGAGUCCAUCGGCACGGAGGAGUGCGACGUGGCCUACGACAGCGUGGAGGGCGGCAGCGGCGCCUGGAAGCGAGAGCGGCCCCCCAACACGUGCGCCACUUUGCGGCCGAGGAGGAAAAAGGCCCAGCAGCCCCUGCAGCAGCAGCAUCCUCCGCCGCCGCCGCCGACCCAGCAGACCCCCAAGCUGCAGCACCUGCCCGCCAAAGCCCUGCUGCUGCCGGGGGAGAACCUGUACGAGAGCAUCGGCGACCUGAAGCAAGGCUCCGCCACCUCCAGCACCACCACCAUCUUUACCUUUAACGAUGGCAUGGAGAUGUACGUGACGGGGCUCUGAGGCGGCGGCUGCACUGUGACCCCCCCGCCUUUUCCUUCCAACACACAGAGCUGAGCUAACGCAGCGCGGUGUGACUGCUGGGCCCCCGUCACGCUCUCCCACACAUACUGUUUACAUUCAAGUCAUGACAUCAAGCCUUUCACAGGCUCCAGAGGCCUUUGGGUAGUAAUGUUGAUCCGUUAUGACCUGGGCUGAAUACAAAGUCCCAUCUAUAAACCUUAAAGGAAUCCAAAGGUAGUGAAUAAGAAAUGAGCACAAAACCCUUGCAGAGCAAUCUGUAGGUAACAGUAGCACUUCAGUUUUAUUCAUUCUUAUGUGCAAAGCACAAUAAAGUUAAAAACCUAAAUUCUUCCUCAAUUCUAGCGGGUAAAAAGAGCUUAUAUUUGGUCCAAAUGGGGCCUUUAUUAUAUAGAAAAGGCACAGCGUUGUGUCGGGUAUUUUAGUAGCACUUAGUCUGUGGUGAACAGGCCUUCCCUGCGUUCAACUUAAACAAUACAAAGGAGCAAAUUAUUAAUCAAAAACGCUUGAAAGCUCAGGGACCACCAAAAAGUAUUAUGAGAGUAUUAUAAAAUAAAUUGCACACAUUUUUGCAUUCCUUCUACAAGCUUCUUGGGAUUUUAGACCCAUUUUCAAACCAAUCCGAUCAGAACCGUCUSUCCAUUUGGUUUGGUUUCACUGGACACGGACUGAAACGCUGUCUUCUCCACUGCUGUCUGUAAAUGAAGUGUUUUACUUUGUCGAUCCUGUUUCUGCACUUUGCCUGCUACAAGUUGCAUGCCUAAAAAAAAAAAUAAAAAAAAAUAAUGAAAAAAAAUUAAAAGUGGGAAAAAAAAGCUAACAAAAAUCAAGCUCUGUCGUGUGGUUUCUCUAUAUGAAUGUUUUUUUUUUUCUUUUUGUCGUUGGUUGUUGACUUUUUUUAAAAGUGUGUUGCUUUGUUUCUCUGUAGAGCUCAAAGCCAGCUUGAUUAGGGAUAUUUGUGGCUCGGUGGGGCUCCGUGCAGCUGAGAGGAGGAUUGGUUUUCUCUGCUGCGACACACACACACACACACACUACAAAAUAAAUCCACGUGAACUGUUCGACUGAACGUGGAUCCAGUCCACUCAAACCUGUCUGCUCAUAUCUGUGGAUUGUUCAUCUCCUCAGCCCGGUGGUCGUAUGAAUCUGCUCGGGUUUAACGCAGCGUGGAAAGCUACAUUAGAACUCGUGUGUGUGUGUUUGCAAAACACCCAUCAGGCCAUCAAUGAAUGCCAUCAUGAUAAAAAAUAUUACAGAAAUGACAAAAAAGGCCUCAGAAAUUCAUUCAAACCCUGAACAAUAACAGCGACUUCACUCAACCAAAUAUCCGCCCCCCAAGGCAAACAAUGUGAUUAUACUGUAUGUUGAUGCAACGUGUAUGUACAUGACAAAAAGAGAAAGAUAAUAAAUAUAUCAUCAGUGUCAAGAAAUCUUAUCUUUUUCUAUUAUGUUGAGUUGUGCUCUUUGGAAUGACCUUUAUUGUGACACAAACAGCUGCAAUGUAAAAAAUAAUAAUUUCAGUGUAACUCUUGUUUGUUGUUUUUUGGAAGCCAUGAAGCUACCGGUGUGUUGUUGGGGGAAACAAAAAAGAAAAAAAAAGAAAAAAAGCCCUGCUAAGUUAAAUGUGGCAGCUAAUGUUGUGUGUUUGCUCUUCAGACUACAGGGUCUUGUAUUCAAACAGCGUGUAAUUAAGUGCUAAAGUGCAAAAAGAUUGUAAUGUUUUAUAUCAAGAUUAUUAUUCAUAAAAUGUCGGUCAAGUUUAUACUUUUGUAAUAAAGUGGCACUUUAAAAACAAAA